CCUUGAUGCUCAACCUGUUUGUGAACCUUCAAGUGGCUAAAGUUUGUCAGCCAUCUCUGAGCUCCCUCUGUCUGAGUCACAGGGCUCAUCUAUAAACAAAAUGUCUGACACAGAAGACGUCAUGGAGGAGGAAGCUCAAGAGACAGAUGAGUCAAAGCCCAAACCAAAAUUUAUGACAAAUAUUGCGGCUCCAAAGAUCCCUGAUGGCGAAAAAGUGGAUUUUGAUGACAUCAGCAGGAAGCGUCAGGAGAAGGAUCUCGCUGAGCUUCAGUCACUGAUCGAGGCUCAUUUCAUCCAGAGGAAGAAAGAGGAAGAGGAGCUCAUCGCCCUCGUCAACAGAAUUGAGAAGCGUCGUACUGAGAGAGCAGAGCAGCAAAGGGAGCGGGCUGAGAGAGAGAAGGAGAGGCAGGCUAGACUUGCGGAGGAAAAGGAACGUAAGGAGUUGGAGGAGCAGCGUAAGAAGCUUGAUGAGGACGCUAAGAAGAAGAAGGCUCUCUCGAACAUGACCCAGCAGUACAGCGCUGGGCAGAAGACUGAGAGCAGAAAAGGAGCCAAGAAACAAACUGAGAGGGAGAAGAAGAAGAAGAUCCUGGCUGAACGCAGGAAGAUUCUCAACAUCGAUCAUAUGAAUGACGAGAAACUCAAGGAGAAGGCCAAUGAGCUGUGGCAGUGGCUGAUGGGGCUGGAGGCUGAGAAGUUUGAUCUCGGUGAAAAACUCAAAAGACAAAAGUACGAUAUUAACCAGCUUCUUGCCCGAGUCCAGGAUCACCAGAAGUAAGUACAAGGACCCCGACGGUGGGUGGUUGUAGUUUUGAUUACUAUUAAGAAUAGAUGCUGGUCUCGUCUCUCUGAUUCUUCAAAAUCUUCUCCAAAUCUUCUUCACUAAAACUACAAAGAUGAAUUCUGAAUGAAUCCUAACAUAAAAAAUACUCAAAUUGCAGAUGAACAAAUCAUUCUCCACUCAUCAUUAUCACUGCAUGCAAACGUUCCUGUUUGUAAUUUAUGUUGCAUCGAGUCGACUCUGCGUGGUAAUAUUAUGCAUUUUAAAGAAAGAACUGGCUGAAACAAAACUAACUGCAACACAAUUUGUGAUAUAGUUUGAAAUUAUGCGAUAUGCAUUAAAAAAAAAUGUCCCAGAGUUGUAUAAUUAUCCAUCUGUGAGCAUAAACAAGAUUCUUGCAAGUCUAUAAAAAAAAGAGAAACUUUCCUUUUUGUUUGUAACGUCAUUAGCAAGACAAGUCCUGCACCUAAAAUUUAACUUGAGCCAAACUUAUUUUGUGUCAUAACUGGGGCAAAAAGUCAGAGAAUAAGAGAUAAAGGAUACUGUGUAGCAUCAUAAUAGAGAUUUUGGCAGUUAAAACAUCAAACAAAGCAACCUGUUCAUUGAUCUGUUGAUUGAUUUGCUUAAUGCUGCAUUCACAUGACCUCCACUUGUCCUGAACCACCUGACUGCGGUGUUGGGCAUUAACCUUUUCCUGCACC